AUGGCGGGGGAAUUCAGCACUGGCGGCAGAAGCUGCAUUCCCCCGCUGGCGGCAGCAGUCGAGGAGGAAGAGCCUCUUCACCUCCUCGAAGCUUGCCGCAAAUUGCUUAUAGUAGAACAAAACUACACUCCGACAAAACUCUCCGGCAUCAAAUUCACACAAAUCGACGACGAGCAUAACUUCAACCAAACAUUUCGUUCGGUGACGGAGCUUAAAGAAAAGGGCGUUGAAUUCGAGGCCAGUUCUUCGUAUUCCGUCACCAACAUACAUUUUGAUUCCGGUCCCUUAUCAGGCCGGCUUCAUAUUCCGGCAAGGGUAGUUUCGUCCAUUUCCUUUGUAUUUCUAUCCAACAUGAUAGCGUACGAAAUGUCUCCGGGCUCGGAAACUGGAUUCGAGGUCCUUUCGUACGCGAAUUUCAUGAAAUCGUUAAUUGAAAGCCCCGCGGAUGUGAAGGAGCUACAAGAGAAGGGGAUUUUGAUCAAUAAGUUCCAAAACCACGAACAACUUUUGGAGGAAUUUAAAGGCGUGGACACUUUUGGGCUCGAUAAUUUGGAUAUAUUUAAGGAAGUGAGGCGGGAAAUCGAGGAGCAUUGUCGGAGCAAGGCCAAGACUUGGAUGGCUGAUUUGAUUCACACCCGAUUUCGAAGCCCGUGGACUGUUGUUGCAUUGCUUGCAGCUACCUUUCUUCUUUGUCUCACUUUUCUGCAGACCUUUUUCACCAUUCAUCCUGCAUUGUAA